AGGGAGGGAGAGGGGGAGAGAGAGGGAGAGCGCCGUCUGCGCAAUCCCACAGCUGCUUCAUUGACAUAUUCUGCAAAUGUUGGUGUCGGGGAAGGCAGCGGAGAGGCAGAGCUAUUGUUUGGCUUUAUUUUAAAUCAUAUAUAUAUAUAUAUACACACACUCCCUCCCUCCCCCUGUGCUGGUGCUGUGGGUUUGUUGGGUACAAUGGUUUGCGGCGGCUUCACCUGCUCCAAGAACUCGCUAUGUGUCCUGAACCUCCUCUACAUCAUGGUCAGCCUGCUGCUGAUCGGGAUUGCAGCAUGGGGUAAAACCUUUGGACUUGUUACAAGCUUUUCUGUGGUGGCAGGAGUGAUCGGAGUGGGAAUCUUCCUGUUCCUCAUUGCAUUGAUUGGAUUGCUUGGAGCUAUUAAGCACCACCAGGUGCUGCUCUUUUUUUAUAUGAUCAUUUUGUUUUUGUUGUUUGUGGUGCAAUUCUCUAUCUCUUGUGCUAGCCUGGCCCUCAACCAACAUCAACAGAAUAAUCUGCUGGAGGUGGGAUGGAAUAAAUCGUUUGAAACCAGAAUGGACGUGGAAGAAUACUUCAACUGCUGCGGAUUUAACACGAAUAUGGAGAAUAAUGGAACCUGCAAAGCACGCUGCAUCGAAAGCGAUAACUGUCCAACGUGUGGGCCGAUCCUAAAAAUGCACGCCGGGGAAGUCCUGAGAUAUGUUGGUGGUAUUGGACUUUUCUUUAGCUUCACUGAGAUCUUGGGUGUAUGGUUAACGCACCGAUACAGAAACCAGAAGGAUCCCCGAGCUAAUCCAAGUGCUUUUCUCUAAGGGAAAACGUCAGAAAUGUCAUGCUACUGAAAUACUGCACCACUGUAUUUUUUUUAAAAAAGGCCACCAUUUUUGUUGCUGCUUCCUGUAUUGCCUUUUUGCAAAAUUUGCCCUUCACCCGGGAGAUGGGUUCCCUUUCAGUUAUUAGUGUCUGUUGUAAUAAUACUGAAAACCAAUCUAGGUUGAUUAUCCGAGAGCAUUCCAGAAUUAUGGUGAACACACUGCUGACCACUGUCCCUGUAGUUUGAUCCUAUUUGCAGGUGUUCAUUUAAUACAGAAGGCUUCUGUAACAGUUGCCUUUCAAAACUACCUGUUGCUAAACUCCUGAAUCCAUAUGCACUGAUGACAUUGAAUAUUACCUAUGAAGAAAGUGAUGUAAUUAACCACUCCACCUUACCAUGUUUUAUGCUCCGAUUACGCCCUUGAGAGUUCUGUGCUUUACCAUGACAUGACUAAGGUUUUUAGAGAUUGUCUUAGUUGUGUUUAAUUGAGAGAUAAUCACAAAUAAUAUUGGAAUAUGAAUGUAUGGAAACACUAAUGUCAUGUUAUUUUUGGUCAGUCGGGUGUCUGACACAUGCGGAAACCCACUAUGCUUAAGGGUAUCCAAACCAAACUGAGCAUUGCGUGCAUCCCACCUACGCAUGGACAUUCCAGAGAUAUUUAUUGGAAAAUAUUGCGGGAAGCUAUUUGACCUUGUUUUUAGCUCUGGAGCGAUUCUGUGCAGGAAACUAUUCAUAUUUCUUAGUAUAAGUAUUGUUGCUGAGGCUCAGGAGACCUCUGUACACGUGUAACUAAGCAAUGCACAGAGAUCCACUAACUGACACUAACUUCUAAUGAAUAUUUUUUGAGAGUAGUUGAAUAAAAUUGUAUCACCUGAUUUAUACCUCAGCAGUGUCCUGGUGAAACUAUUUUCUCGAGUGAUCUCAGCAGCUGGACUCCGGCACAAAUCAUUUUGCGAUUGGGAUUCUCAAACCCAAUUUAUACUUUUGUUUUAUUCAGCAAGUCACAAAUUGCCAUACUAAUAUUUAAGAAUUUCCACAUAGAUAUCUUGGUUGUCUGUGGUUUUUUAAAACACCUUUUCAGAUUGAGCAUUUUUUGGUUUAGACAAAAUUUUAAAUUGUACAGCCAACCUUUGUGGAUGUGUUGAGCAGUACCAGUCUGAAGAGAAACGUAGCUCUGCUUCAUGAUAUUGAGAUCUUAAAUAUGAUUUUUUCAUGGAAUAUUGCUUUCCUUUAUAAACUCUUGACUGUACAUAACUACAAGUUCAUCUAGCUUAUUUUGAAAAAGUUUCUAUGUUUCCAUUGCACCUGUGAAUCUAACUAAUGAGCCGUUCUGUUUAGAACAGUGGUGGACUUGUGAUCAAUGUUCAAAUGUAAUUGCUUGAAGUUUUUUUUUCUCUUUGAAGUUUGGUGGCAUUGCUUUGAAACAUGGUCUUUCAGUUCUGAUUGUUUAAAAUAAAGUUUAGUAAGACCUUUUUUGGGUUUGAUGCACAUUGUGUACGUUGAAAAUGCAGUUUUAACUGGAAGAAAGUUGCACUGUAUUUUGCUUGAUAUUUGGUUCCCUCUGCAUACAGUUGAAGAAUUUCAUGGCUUUCAAUGUUUUGAAAAUGUAGCUGACAGUACUGGACCUCCAUUGUGCACACUUCUCAUGGCUGAACUGCAUUCAGAAUUGUCACGGCAGCAGUCGGUCAUUACAAAACACUGAAGUGAAAAAAGUUGUGAAAAAAAUGAAUAACACAUUUACGGAGAAAUUGCAAAUAAGAUUGCUGUUGUAUUGAUGGGAUUUGUAAAAUUUAAGAGACUAAUAAAUUCUGUUUUCCAACCA